GCGCCGUCUUUGCUCUCUCCUCACCUCAAAGUGGUCUUCCCUGACACAACAUCAUGCGUCUUUCAUUCACGCUCUUGUCGUUCUUUACCGCUGCAAGCGUUGCGUUGGCAUCACCGCUCGCGCUCAGGAGGGCAUACAUCCCAGGGAUCCACAUCUGCCCCCGCGGUCCCAACUACUGUGCGGGCACAAACCAAACCGCAGACAACCGCUACCUCUGCGGAGAUUCCCGCCUCGGCCCAGAUGCCCUCCCGCACAACCCGCCGCUGAACACACUCUUCGAGAACUACGUGCCUCUGGGAGGGCUGUGCCCCGCCGACUGGAUCGACCAGUACAUCAAUAAAACCGUGCCGACGUAUCUCGUCUUCCCGCCCGUCGAUGGGUUCCAGGAGACCACCAACCGGCUGCCCCUUGAGGGCAACACGACGCUGCCCGUGGGGCUGCUGGUGGAUAGGUUCGGCGCGGAGACGGGCCGGUACCUCGCGCCGUUCGGGACGCCCUUCGCGCAGAGGGCGCUGUACCCCGCCGCGAUGAACACGGCGGACCCGGCGUACCCGUAUGGCUACCACCUGUACAAUGUGACGAAGGAGUUCGUGGUGCUUACGGGCCCAAUCGCGCCGUGGUUCGGCCAGCCGGGACAGGGGACCCAGUACGAGACGAAUGCGAGCGUGGCGGCGCUGGUCAGUGGAGGGUAUCUGGCGCGGGUACCUUACGGCGAGGAAUGAGGCACAGCGGUUCCUAGUGGCGGUGACGCGAUUGGGAGUGAUAUUGGAAGAUAGUCCAAGGAGUAGCGUGUUCGGAGGUCCACUUACCUUACAUCACGGUCAUAAUUCACCUGCGCGUCAUUGCCGAGG